CUGAUGUAAAACCCAUAGCCACUAUGUUCAGUUGUUAUUUAAAUAUUAGCCACUCUGCCUUAAUACCAAAUCGCUUUAAGAUUUCUAAGCGCUCCUAGGAUUGAACCGUGUGCGUGUUACAUAAAAGCAAUUUUGUGCAUUUUUUCCCCCAAAGCCUGUUCAUAAAAGGGUUGGCUUGCUAGCUAAUGUUUGUGCUGUACACAUUCCUAAAUUCUUAACUCAAGACUUCAUCGGCUAACGGACAAUAUUUUCCAAGACAAUUUGAGACUCCCUGAAACCCUUUUUUCAUGCCUUCAACUCAGAGAUGAUCCAGUCGAGAGCUUCCUCACUGAUCUUCUUAAGUGUCAUAUGUUUCAUUUGGGCUGAUGCUGUGUUUGGUAAUGCCAAGCCAUGUUCUACAAUGAAUACUUCCCUCACGAGCACAGACAGCCCAGCAACAAAAAAUCAAACAGCAGAUAUUCCACAAGAGAAGAAACAAUGCUGUAUGCCUUGUGACUUUCAAGCUAAAGUAAUGCGGGAAGAAAAACAUUAUAUGUGUAGGAAUUUGCAGACUUCUCUAGUUGAAUAUGCAAGAAGUACCAAGAAAAUGAUAAGAAACAUGAUGGACGACCACCAGUCUUCUCUGGAUUAUCUUUCUAAUCAGGUUAAUGAACUUAUGAGUCGGAUCAUGCUGUUAAACAAUGACAUUUCCAGAAGACCAAUGGAUGUAUUUCCUCAUAGAGCAAUUCAGUCUCACGGUCUGGAUUGCAGUGAUAUUAAAGACACCAUUGGCACUGUUACGAAAACACCAAGCGGCCUGUACAUAAUCCAUCCAGAAGGAUCAAGCUACCCCUUUGAGGUAUUAUGCGAGAUGGACUUCAGAGGAGGAGGAUGGACAGUGAUUCAAAAGAGAUCUGAGGGGAUAGUUGAAUUUCAGAAGACGUGGUCUGACUAUUUGGAUGGAUUUGGGGAUCUUUCAGGGGAAUUUUGGCUCGGGCUGCGGAAGGUUUUCCACAUAGUAAACCAGAAAACUGCCAGCUUCAUGCUUUACGUGGGCUUGGAGUCUGAAGACGACACGUAUGCAUAUGCCUCGUACGACAGCUUUUGGUUAGAAGAUGAAGCGUGCUCUUUUAAGAUACAUUUAGGACGUUAUUCUGGAAAUGCUGGAGAUGCAUUUCGGGGACUCAAGAAAGAAGAUAACCAGAAUUCAUUUCCUUUUAGUACAUUUGAUGUUGACAACGAUGGUUGUGUGCCCGCCUGCACUCUUGGGGAACAGCCUAUAAAGAGCUGCAGUAACUUCAGUGAGAAAACCGGCUGGUGGUUCAGCCAAUGUGGCCUGGCAAAUCUCAACGGUGUUCACCGGUUCACAGGGAGGAUGCUGGAAACGGGGAUUCGGUGGGACACCUGGACUGUGGGUGGAAAACCAAUCAAAAUUAAAUCUGUUUCAAUGAAAAUCAGAAGAACAUAUUUCAGAUAACGGAAGGAUGUCAUCGAAAUGUAUCAUUUGAUGGAAUUAGGCUGUUUUAUAGCUUUUCUCAGAUUGAACUAUGCAGAAUUGUAGUCCGCGAUCAAUGUUUAGUAAGGUUCAAAAGCA